AUGAAGCUGUCGAAGGAAGACAAGAAAAGCAUCCCAAUUUGGGUGAAAUUUUAUAAUAUUCCACUCGAAUACUGGGAUGGGGAUGGCUUAAGCAGGAUAGCUAGUGCAGUGGGGGUCCCAUUAUUCAUGGACCAACUUACAUCAUUAGGAAGCAGAAUUUCUUUUGCUAGAGUAUGUGUUGAUAUUCCAACUGAUUUUGUUUUUCCUGAUAGUUUUGUCAUUACUAGUGGUGAUGUAUCCAUUAAUAUCCGUGUGGAGUAUCAAGGUGUACCUUCUAGAUGUGAGCACUGUAAUGUUUUUGGUCAUGAAACUAAGAAUUGUUUAUCUGCUCAAGUGACUAAACUAAUUAAGUUACAGAAGAACAAUGAGGACAUGGUUGAAUCUGAUGCGGGAUGGACAAAAGUAAAGGAUAAGGGUAAAAGGAAGGCAGGUGAACAACCCACCUCUGGCCACACUGAUCCUACUGAAGUUACUAGCUCUUCUGCAGAAAUAAGGGAUGAUUUAGAAGCUGAUAAUGUUGCCUUUAUAGCUGCAAAGACGACUGACCAUGUGGCUGCUUUUCAUUCUGGGGUCGUGGAGAUUGCAAAAAUCAUAAAUCUAGCGACAGAGGAAUUUAUCAAGAGCAUUGAGCAUGCGGAGAAAGAAGAAGUGUGUGCUGCCUCCUCUGAAAUGCAGGAGAAAAAGAUGGACAGUGGAAUAAAUGCUGGUUGUUCUUUUUUUUGGUGGGAUAAAGUUGCUGACUUCAUUGUUGGAGUGCCCUCCCGGUUGGCAGCAAUUAGGAUAGUUAUUUUGUUCAUGUUUGUUGGUGUUGAUUCCAUCUAG